AUGAUUCCUCCAAAUCCAACAAGCCUGGGGAGCACUGUAUUCUUGAAUCCUGCAUUUUCUCUGAAAAUGAUGGUGUGGGCACUUCUGUUCCUCUCUCUCAUCCAGUGUUCCACCCAAAAGGGAGAUGAUGAUUAUGAAGAUUACACUUCAAAUAAGACUUGGGUUUUGACUCCCAAAGUCCAUGAGAGUGAUGUCACUCUUAUCUUAAAUGGCUUGCUGGAAGGAUAUGACAACAAGUUGAGACCUGACAUAGGAGUUAAACCAACAGUAAUUCACACUGACAUGUAUGUAAAUAGCAUUGGGCCUGUCAAUGCUAUCAAUAUGGAAUAUACAAUUGAUAUAUUUUUCGCCCAAACGUGGUAUGACAGACGUCUGAAGUUCAACAGCACUAUAAAAGUGCUCAGAUUAAACAGCAACAUGGUUGGGAAGAUCUGGAUACCAGAUACAUUUUUCCGAAAUUCCAAGAAAGCUGAUGCUCAUUGGAUAACAACUCCUAAUAGGAUGCUCAGGAUCUGGAAUGACGGCAGAGUGUUGUACACAUUGAGGCUGACAAUUGAUGCUGAGUGUCAGCUACAGUUACACAACUUCCCAAUGGAUGCCCAUUCUUGCCCCCUGGAAUUUUCAAGCUAUGGCUACCCAAGAGAAGAGAUCAUUUACCAAUGGAAGCGCAGCUCAGUGGAGGUGGGGGACACCAGGUCCUGGAGGCUUUACCAGUUCUCCUUUACAGGAUUAAGAAAUACAACUGAGGUGGUGAAGACUACUUCAGGAGACUAUGUAGUCAUGUCUGUUUACUUUAACCUGAGCAGGAGAAUGGGUUAUUUCACUAUUCAGACCUACAUUCCCUGCACACUUAUUGUUGUGUUGUCCUGGGUCUCUUUCUGGAUUAAUAAGGAUGCAGUUCCAGCCAGAACAUCACUGGGUAUUACAACUGUCCUGACAAUGACCACCCUAAGUACAAUUGCUCGUAAAUCUCUUCCCAAAGUCUCCUAUGUGACAGCAAUGGAUCUUUUUGUGUCAGUCUGCUUUAUUUUUGUUUUCUCUGCACUGGUGGAAUAUGGAACUUUGCACUACUUUGUCAGCAACAGAAAGCCAAGCAAGGAUAAAGACAAAAAGAAGAAAAAUCCACUUCUUCGGAUGUUUUCCUUCAAGGCACCUACAAUUGACAUCCGGCCUCGAUCAGCUACUAUUCAAAUGAACAAUGCUACACACCUCCAAGAAAGGGAUGAAGAAUAUGGGUAUGAGUGUCUUGAUGGCAAGGACUGUGCCAGUUUUUUUUGCUGCUUUGAGGAUUGUCGAACGGGAGCAUGGAGGCAUGGAAGAAUACAUAUCCGCAUUGCCAAAAUGGACUCCUAUGCCCGCAUCUUCUUCCCAACUGCCUUCUGUUUGUUUAACCUGGUGUAUUGGGUAUCAUAUCUUUACCUUUAA